CGGGACAGAAAGAAAGACCCCGCUCGCUCUUGGGGGCCUUAAACUUACGCCACUAACUUAACUGUCUUUGGGCAUCAGCGUCUUAGGUGACCGGGCGUCUUUUCUCCCACUCAAAACAAGACAACCAAAAAUGGCCAAGCGUAAAAACAAAAGUGGAAUUAAGCAACAGGAAGAUGCCGCUUUCUUGCUUGAGUCGCCUGUGCCACAAUCGCGGGGGAUAGGCGAAUAUAUGCUCCCUGGCUUGUUGUUCCUAAUCUUAGUCAUUGGAGGAUUCACCGUGGGCUGUUUCAGUCUUCAUCAACAAUCCACCAUCGACCAGCUAACAGAAUCUUUCACAGCAAUGCAGAUGAGAAUCAAUAACUACCAGCAGGUGAUGGGGAUGAAUGACGCACAGGGCAGCCCAGGGGAGGGGGUGGAGGAGAGGAUACUGGCCCUGGAAGAGGCUCAGAAACGGGCUCAGAGGAGCGCGGAAGACGCCCUGGAGACCACAGAGCUGCUGAAGAACUCCGACCUCUCCUCACAGGUGUGGGCUCUCCACGCCGACAUGGACAACAAGUUCUCCCAGCUUCAGCAGACCACCGUCUCCGUGGCAACCCUGCAGUCCGCCAUCAAGAACAAGAGCGAGGAGUUUGAGGCGGUGAAAGGGACGGUGGCGGCCAUGUUGAGUUCCAGCUCUGCGGUGGCGGUCAGCGUGGCGGGCCUGGGCAGCAGGGUGGAGGGGAUGGGCUCUGAGGUGGAAACCCAGGGAGAGCUGGUGCACAGCCUGGUCUCUAGGAUGGACGAGCAGGUCAGAGAGCUGGGGGAGCUCAGUGUGUCUCUGGGUCUGCACAAGGCGGGGCUGGAGGCUAACAGCCAGCAGGUUGGUGAGAUCAGGGAGUUGCUGGUGGCGGAGCAGGCCAGGAGGACCCAGGCUCUGGAGCAGCAGCUGCAGUCAGUGGUUCUGACCCUGGAUGAGCAGCUGCAGAGCUCCCAGAACCUCCACUCCAGCCUCCGGGCCCAGCUGCAGGCUGUCCACAGCCAGAUUACGAAUGGAGGUCAAGCCAGAGAAGCACCAGGAAUCCAACCUGUAGUUGAGGAAAUCUUUCCAGUCUCAGAGGAGGAGGAGGAGGGAUCAGUGAGCCAGGAGGAAGAGGAGGAGGAGGGAUCAGGGGAGGAGGAGGAGGAAGAGGAGGAAUCAGCUAGCCAGGGGGAGGAGGAGGAGGAAGAGGAGGAAUCAGCUAGCCAGGGGGAGGAGGAGGAAUCAGCUAGCCAGGGGGAGGAGGAGGAGGAGGAGGAAGAAGUCAUAGAGGAGGAGGAGCCUGCUGAGCUGCAGGCAGAAACUGAAGAAGAAGAAAUCCUAGAAGAAGCAGAGUCUGUGGACCAGGAAGUGAACCGGGAAGUUGCAGAUCAGCUGGAGACUGAACCGUCUUCAGAAGAGCUUGAGGAGGAGGCGCUGAAGGAGGAGGUGUUAGAUGAGGAGCAGGAGGCUACUGAGACGAUUGCAGACCAAGACGAGGAGGAGGAAGUGAUAGAGGAGGAGGACUUUAUGGAGGACAAGGCUAUGGAGGAGGUAAUGCAGGAGGAAGAGGACUUUGUGGAGGACGAGGCUUCAGAGGAGGAGGUGACAGAGGAGGAGGAAGAUGAGGUGAAAGAGGAGGACAUUGAACCACCAGAAGUUGUCCCAACUGAGGAAGAGGAUGAUUUUUCUGAGUUUGAUGAGGAGUUUUCUUAGACACGCAGGCAUCUGGUCGGUCUUGAUCAGUCAUUGUGGUGUUUGAUACUUCAGUGUAAUGCCAGAUAUAAAACAGAUCACAUAUUCUUAAAAUAGUGAUGCGUUAUGAACCUGUUAAAAACAUGGCAUCCGGGACACGACCUAAACAAACGUUUCCCAGGUAUCCCAAAACCAUGGCAACUGGCAUUCAUUCGUUAUGUCUCUCAACUUCCUCUUGUGAGUAGGUUGUUUGAAGUGGAGGGAUUCUGGGAUAGGAGUGGUUGGCUGGUUCAUGGAGAAACUAGCUGGUCACAAAACGAAAAAAAAAGGAUUUACGACUCAGUUGUGUAUUUUGUGACUAAAUCAUGAAUGCAAUCAUCCGGAUGAGUUGAAAUAACCGUCAACAUCAUGCCAUAGAGCUACACACUGUAGAAUGUGUAUGCGCAACUACAGUUUGAUGACUGUGAUUAACAAGUGCCUAUAUUAUCUGCAGGAAAGGUGCAUCUUUGAUUUCAAAACAUAGUGCGUCAGAAGGGUUUUUAAACAAUAAAUUCCUACAUUUAUACUA